AACAAACCACACUGAAGCUAUAAUAGAGAGGAGGAAGACGCCGACUUGUUGUGUUGUGCAGGCUGGACUAUAGGCUGGAGGCUGGACCCCGGACCCGGACGCGGAGCUGCCAGCUGGACUCUUUAUUAUUCCCCGUAAGAACCGAGAGAAAGCAGCGGGUUGAAGCGGUUCGUGUUGCCCGCCCUGCGGCCGCGGAGGGGCCGCUGUGUGAUGAACCAGCCGACGGACUGAAGUCUUCGGAAAGAAACCCAAGCAGCUGUCAGCGCACAGCCAUGGAUGCAGAGAACGGCGAGCUGUUCGCCGCCGGCGUGGCGGCAGACGGCUGGCAGCUCGACGCUCCCUUCUCCUGCUCCGACCUCGUGUUCAGCGGCUCGGCGAAACCCCUGCAGGACUGGGUGGUGGACCCCGACUGUACGCUGAACGACAGCGAAUCGGAGGACGUCCUUCACGGCGUGGACCCAAACGAGGUGUUCCCCAGCGGGCUGCCUGCAGACUGCUCGUCCGAGAGCGACAGCGGCAUCUCGGAGGACCCCGUCGCCGAGAGUCCCUUCACCGCGGCGACCGCGACCACCCCGCAGCCGGCCACCGUGUACCAGGUGGUUUAUGACAUCAGCGGCCUCGGCGCCGUGAAGACGGAACCGGGACUGGAGAACGUCAUCUCCAUAGAGCUCGAUGCGUGGAGCUCCCAGAUGUUGUUUCCAGACUCGUGCGUCGUGAACGAGCUUCCCGUGGCGCCGCCGGCUCGCCUCGACGGACGUCUGACCGUCGGCGACCCUCCCGGCCCCGACGCUCACCUGCUGUCCCCGGAGCUGCAGCUGACGGAGGAGGAACAGAAGCUGCUGACGAAAGAAUCUCUCUUGCCCAACAACCUCUCCCCACGUCACACUGCCGAGGAGAGGAUCCUGAAGAGAGUUCGCAGGAAAAUACGCAACAAGCAGUCGGCCCAGGACAGCCGGCGCCGGAGGAAGGAGUACAUCGAUGGGCUGGAGGGCAGGGCUGCAGCUUGCUCAGCACAGAACAAGGAGCUGCAGAGGACCGUGGAGCAGCUGGAGAAACGCAACAUGUCUCUGCUGAGUCAGCUGCGACAGCUUCAAUCUCUGAUCAAACAGACGGUCAGUAAAGGAGCCCAGACCAGCACCUGCUUACUGAUCAUCCUGGUGUCUCUGGGUCUGAUCAUCCUGCCCAGUUUCAGUCCGUUCAGCCGCAGCACGUCUGCAGACGACGACUACAGACCCACAGGAGUUAUUUCCAGAAACAUCCUGACUGACCCCUCCUCCUCCUCCUCCUCCUCCUCCUCCUCCUCCCAGCCGACAGCGGACAACGCCGAUGCUCCGGCUGUGCCGCCCGCUGAACUCGGCCAAUCGGAACCUCCGGAUGGCACCGCAGGCUUCGAUGGGACGGCUCAGGAGGGGAGCCAAUCGGGGAACGGCUCGGCUCUCGUCGCCGGGGAGACGGAGACGGAGCCGCUGGCGCUCGGUCUGAGAGCGGCGGCGGGGAAAGGAAGCCGAAAUCCCGCCAAACCUGCACAUGCCGACGAGAUGUAGACGCUUUCAACCACUAUGACUGGACUUCAUGUUCAACGUCUCGCUCAAAGGCUACAUUUACAUUGCUACGUUUUGGUUUAAAAAACGCUACGUUUCCCCCUCUCAUUCCCCCUGCGCUGGCGUGUCCCCCUCUCAUUCCCCCUGCUC